CUUCUCCAAAGCUUAAAAGAAAAAUUGUGACUGUGGUCGACUCACUUUGUGAUUAUAGUUUCUAAUUUUAUGAUCUAUAUUCGCAUAAAAUCGCUGUGGGACAUAUUCACACAAGUUUAUUCUCUCACACACCUCUCUCCGGGUUUCUACACUUUUCUAGGACCGCCAUCCUCAUCUCGUCUUUUAUUCGAGUUGUUACCUUUUAUCCCAAUGCAUACCAUUCUACAAAAAUCACCCACACGGCAUUCAUGAAAGAACUAGAUUACACGUGGGGACUAGUCCCCUCCCUUGUGGCUACAUAUGCCGCCUACCUACUCUUGGGGUGGUACUCCCCGGGAAUUGACUCUGGCAGCCACUCUGCUACCGUCGCAGAGUUGGUUAACCCCAUCUUGCUCGGCCUAGCGAUACCCUUUGUUUCCCUCAUCCUCAGAAACUUUUUCCAAUCCUGCCUGCCUCUUAGCACAUUCGAUGGCCUCCAGUACACGUUGGUGGCACUUGAGGAGGCUGAGCGAUACUUCAUGUUAGGCGUGCUCUCCAAGCCACAGUCCCAUGGGCCUGGCGAUCCCUCAGUCUGGUACUUGCUCCCAAGCCAUGUUUUUACCUUUGCCUUGGCUCAUAGUGCAUUCCAUUGCUGCGAGUUUCUCGUCGGCUUUGCGCCGUUCGGGCGUGACUACUCCAGAUUUGAGCGGUUUGCCGAGGUGCUCGACCAGCAUUACAAGCUCACCACCGAGGUGCGCAAGAACUCAACCCUUUCCAACAUCUCGUCGAUCCGAAAGGCAUACACGCGUUGUCACGUUGACCAGGAGCCAGAAACCAGCCCGCAGACUUUUGUCAUUCAUUACGGCCAGGAUAAGGUCUUGGAAGACCCCGUGCACCUUGACCUUGGUACCAGAAACUCCAGCAGCUACGGCUCCACCGUCGAUGAGGCUCCAGAACUCCGAGUACUUUCCUGUGAAGCUGAGUGUGUCUGUGUGUCCAAUACAUAUUGGGAAUCCGGUAAACCCAAGCACCAUCCACAGUGCCAUCUCUCAAAAAAAGAUAAACCCAUACCGGAGGCCCAGGGCUACAUGAAUCAGCACGUCUGGGACCAUCCGAAUGCAAAAACCCCGGGGCCGGUCCAAGUCCUAUCGCCACAUGUGGUGCUGUCUGGUGAGUCGUAUGUGUUAGAUCUCGAAAAUGGCAGUGUAUGUUACUAUCAUGACGUCGAAAUGGACGAAGACGGGAUCGAUCCGUCGUACCAACUCAUAGGCGUCCCCUUGGGCCAGCUUCACUUUGUCUAUCCGUUUAUCUGGCAGCACUCUAGUACGCUCUCUCACCUCUCAACAGCCCUUCUCAUGUCCACCAGUCGCAUUUCAGUUCAGUCAUGGGUUGUAAGUGAAGCCCAGAAGAACAGCACUACGGUAUGGCUCCUGUAUGUUCUCUUUGCAGCCUUACUUACAGUCAGGCUCCUUCGCACGUUUCUCUUUGGGAAGAUGGACCUAACAACCUACCAAAAACUCUCUGUCGUGCUUCUAGUCUUUGAUAUAGGUAUGUUUAUCGCAGGGUAUUUGUGCUUAGUGGUCUAGGUUAGAAUCUGUUACGGCAAUCUAGGUUCUCACCGAUAGCUUCCUAUGUGAAAUCAUGGUUUUCCGUAGUGCUCUGCCGAGUCAAGGAAAAGGGUACCAUCCAGCACGCUUCAUGGUGUUGAUAAUUGUUUCACCGGAACGCCCUACGAUUAAGAUCACUGGUUUGCCAUGACAGAUAUAUGCCGAGCUGUAAAAAUAGCCCAGCUGUCAUUUUUAAGCAUAACUACAAACUCAUAUCUAAACCA